AUGGUCAGUGGUGGUUCCAUAGGUAGUUGGUUGGUUAGGUUUGACGGUGCUGGCUUGAUUUGGUAUGGGUGGAGUUGUCGAUGGGUUCAAUUGGAUAGUGGUGGUCUGAAUUGGUAUGGGUCGCACUAUUGGUGGGGUCAAUUGGAUGGUGGUAGUUGGAUUUGCUGUGGGUUGUGUGAAUGGGUUUCCAGUGUGGAUGGUGGUGGUGUUGAUGGUGUGGAUGGGGUUUAUUGGGUAAAGGUGAAAGUGAGGCUUGGUGGUUCUUACGGUGGCGGUGCUCUUAUGAGGUGA